UUGAAGAUAUUACAACAAGUUUGAUUACAACAAGUUUGAUUUGUUUGACUCAUCUUUGUCAAAUCUUAAAUUUCAAUCUUAGGGUCUGUUUGUUGUAGGCAAAUCUUGAAGAUAUUGGUAUGGACAUGGCAGACUUAAAGACACUUAACUACGAUGAUCUCGAUAAUUUUUCAAAGCUACAAAAAAGUCAGAGAUAUGCUGAUAUAAUACAAAAAGUGGAAGAGGCUCUUGAGAAAGGAACUGUAUUAGAGUACAAGAAGCUAAUCGAGGAUUGUAAUCAGCUCUUAGUUGAUAUUGAGAAUGAAAUAGUCAUCGUUCACAACUUUAUCCGUGAGAAGUAUAGACUUAAGUUUCAAGAGCUUGAGUCGUUGGUUCAUCACCCAAUCGAUUAUGUUCGUGUUGUGAAAAGAAUUGGCAAUGAGAUGGACUUAACCCUUGUUGAUCUUGAAGGCCUUCUUCCAUCAGCUAUGAUCAUGGUUGUUUCAGUUACUGCUUCAACCACGAAAGGUAACCAACUGCCUAAGGAUGUUCUGCUAAAAACGAUAGAUGCUUGUAAUCGGGCUCUAGAUCUUGAUUCCGCAAGGAAGAAGGUCCUUGACUUUGUUGAUUAUGUCAUUGUGUGUGACACAUACUGA